AUGGCUUCAAAGGGUGGAGUAUCGACUGCCCUUUUUGUAUCCCUCAACCUCCUUUCCUUUGCUUUGGUAAACUCUCGCAAUGUGAACUAUCAACCUGCAGAGUCUAAUGCUUCAUCAAACGGAGUUGGAGAAAACUCUCAUGAUCAUCGUUCGUCAAAUCAAAUUCAAAGUAAUUCCAACGGUUCAUCAAAUGAUGGAAGCUUUGCAAGUGGAAGAACAAACUCCGAUGAUUCAUCAUCAAGAGUUGGAGAACUUUUACAUGAUUUAUUAAAUGGGGAUUCAUCAAACGAGAAGGGAUUAUCAAACUUCAAUGAUUUAUCAACUGAAAGUGGAGAUAACUCCAAUGAUAAUUCAAAAGAUUCUACAACAAAUUCCAGAAAUCCUGUCGAUAACCUUCCAGCAGCAGCCAUGAUCCUUGGUGCCCUCAACCAGCAGGGCAAGUCCACUUGUAACCCCCUGAACCUAGGUGUCUGUGCUAAUCUGCUGAAUGGUUUGGUGAAAGUUGAGCUUGGUGACGUACCAACCAAACCAUGCUGCACCCUCAUUCAAGGCUUGGCUGAUCUCGAAGCUGCUGUUUGCCUUUGCACUGCCAUCAAAGCCAAUGUCCUAGGCAUUGAGCUCAACCUUCCAAUUUCAUUAAGUGUCCUACUCAAUAACUGCGGAAGGCAGGUCUCUUCUGACUACCAAUGCACCCCAUAA